AUGAUCAUGUGUGUGUGUCCAGAUUACAUGCUGAUCAAGCUGUGGGACCGGGACAGGAAGUGGGUGUGUGGUCAGGUAUUCGAGGGCCACACCCACUAUGUCAUGCAGAUUGUCAUCAACCCUAAAAACAACAACCAGUUCACCAGCGCCUCCCUGGACAGGACCAUUAAGGUACAUACAGUACACACACACACACACACACACACACACACACACACACACACAUCUUUGUGCUUGUAGCACUACAGUUGUUGGUUUGAUUAUUAUUAUUAUGUUGAAGUGCUUAUAGAUGUGUAAUAUAUGUUUCAUGAAUUAUAUACAGUUGUUGUAAGUCGUUACCACUGCACUUCAGUAAUACACUGACGUAUUAUUUGGCCCUUGGCUGUUGCAGGUGUGGCAGCUGGGUUCUUCCACCCCUAACUUCAGUCUGGAGGGCCAUGAGAAAGGAGUAACCUGUAUUGACUACUACAGUGGAGGGGACAAGCCCUACCUUAUAUCAGGAGCUGACGACCACCUGGUCAAGAUCUGGGACUACCAGGUACACAGUUUAUAUGCACAUGUACACACAGUUUAUAUACACAUAGUUUAUAUGCACAUGUACACACAGUUUAUAUGCACAUGUACACACAGUUUAUAUACACAUAGUUUAUAUGCACAUGUACACACAGUUUAUGUACACAUAGUUUAUAUGCACAUGUACACACAGUUUAUAUGCACAUGUACACACAGUUUAUAUACACAUAGUUUAUAUGCACAUGUACACACAGUUUAUAUGCACAUGUACACACAGUUUAUAUACACAUGUACACACAGUUUAUGUACACACAGUUUAUAUGCACAUGUACACACAGUUUAUAUGCACAUGUACACACAGUUUAUAUGCACAUGUACAAACAGUUUAUGUACACAUAGUUUAUAUGCACAUGUACACACAGUUUAUAUGCACAUGUACACACAGUUUAUAUACACAUGUACACACAGUUUAUGUACACACAGUUUAUAUGCACAUGUACACACAGUUUAUAUACACAUGUACACACAGUUUAUGUACACACAGUUUAUAUGCACAUGUACACACAGUUUAUAUGCACAUGUACACACAGUUUAUAUACACAUGUACACACAGUUUAUGUACACACAGUUUAUAUGCACAUGUACAAACAGUUUAUAUGCACACGUACACACAGUUUAUGUACACAUAGUUUAUAUGCACAUGUACACACAGUUUAUAUGCACAUGUACACACAGUUUAUAUGCACAUGUACACACAGUUUAUAUGCACAUGUGCACACAGUUUAUAUACACAUGUACACACAGUUUAUGUACACACAGUUUAUAUGCACAUGUACACACAGUUUAUAUGUACAUGUACACACAGUUUAUGUACACAUAGUUUAUAUGCACAUGUACAAAAAGUUUAUAUGCACAUGUACACACAGUUUAUAUGCACAUGUACACACAGUUUAUGUACACACAGUUUAUAUGCACAUGUACACACAGUUUAUAUGCACAUGUACACACAGUUUAUAUGCACAUGUACACACAGUUUAUAUACACAUGUACACACAGUUUAUGUACACACAGUUUAUAUGCACAUGUACACACAGUUUAUAUACACAUGUACACACAGUUUAUGUACACAUAGUUUAUAUGCACAUGUACAAACAGUUUAUAUGCACAUGUACACACAGUUUAUGUACACACAGUUUAUAUGCACAUGUACAAACAGUUUAUAUGCACACGUACACACAGUUUAUGUACACAUAGUUUAUAUGCACAUGUACACACAGUUUAUAUGCACAUGUACACACAGUUUAUAUGCACAUGUACACACAGUUUAUAUGCACAUGUACACACAGUUUAUAUACACAUGUACACACAGUUUAUGUACACACAGUUUAUAUGCACAUGUACACACAGUUUAUAUGCACAUGUACACACAGUUUAUAUGCACAUGUACACACAGUUUAUGUACACAUAGUUUAUAUACACAUGUACAAACAGUUUAUAUACACAUGUACACACAGUUUAUGUACACAUAGUUUAUAUGCACAUGUACAAACAGUUUAUAUGCACAUGUACACACAGUUUAUAUGCACAUGUACACACAGUUUAUGUACACACAGUUUAUAUGCACAUGUACACACAGUUUAUAUGCACAUGUACACACAGUUUAUAUGCACAUGUACACACAGUUUAUAUACACAUGUACACACAGUUUAUGUACACACAGUUUAUAUGCACAUGUACACACAGUUUAUAUACACAUGUACACACAGUUUAUGUACACAUAGUUUAUAUGCACAUGUACACACAGUUUAUAUACACAUGUACACACAGUUUAUAUGCACAUGUACACACAGUUUUUCACACACUCUCAAACACAGAAUGAAACAGACAUAUGCAUAUGCACACCACACACACUUUCCAGAUCAGAAGAUACACACAAGCACCACUUGAGGUGUUACGCGUCUGUACUAGUGAUCAUAUAUAUAUUGAGUUGACUGAUUCUACUCUAUUCCUCUCCACUACCUCCAGAAUAAGACAUGUGUGCAAACUCUAGAGGGCCAUGCCCAGAAUGUGUCCUGUGUCAGCUUUCACCCUGAGCUGCCAAUCAUCCUCACUGGCUCUGAGGACUGUGGGUAGUGUAGUGUUUACCUUAUCCCUUUAGAAUGGAAUAACAAAGUGUUUACCUAUGUUAUUUCAUAGUAAUACCAUUUUACAGUUGUAACAUUGUACCAUGGUAAUAACAUGGUGUUUUAUUGUCAUGUUGACUAGUUCCUGUCUUCCCUGGAUCCUUUAUGUUUGACCACCCUCUCACAUGUAACUCUUUCGCUCCUCCCAUCUUUCGUCUCCUAAUGGACAUACAGGCACAGUGAGAGUCUGGCAUUCCAGCAUGUACCGCCUGGAGAACACACUGAACUAUGGGAUGGAGCGUGUGUGGUGUGUGUGUGGCCAGCGAGGCGCCAACAGUGUGGCGCUGGGAUAUGAUGAAGGCAGCAUCAUCAUCAAGGUACCAACUUAAGGAAACUCUAAACUACACAUCUAGAACAGUGUGGUGUCAGUGAUCAGAUUAUUAGUACUGUUGGCAAUCAUAUAGAAUGUUUGUAUUGUUUUCAUACAGGAUCAGUUUGAUUCUGGAGGCCUACAUAUCACCCAUGUAUGUCCAAGUUCUAUGUUCAGCACAAGUUGAAAUAUUAUGAUUUAACAUCACUCCUUCUCUUCUUCACUCUCUCCCCCCUCUUCUCCCUCUCUCUCCUCACCCCCUUCCCCAUCUCCCCCCUCCCUCCCUCCCUCAGUUGGGCCGUGAGGAGCCAGCCAUGUCUAUGGACUCUAACGGUAAGAUCAUGUGGGCCAAACACUCUGAGGUGACAACCUGA